AUGCCUGAUCCUGGUCCAGAGAAUCCAGUCUAUUGCUUCUUUGCCUCCGAAGUCACGAACAUCAACAUCGUCUUUGUUUUGGCUCUGAUGUACUGUGUAGUUGCACCCGUGAUGAUGCCGGCUUGUUUGCUCUACUUUAGCCUCGCAUUCUUGGUGUACAAGUGGCUCUUUGUGCAUGUCUACACCAAGCAAUAUGAUCUUCUGGGCGAGUCGUGGUACGUGUGCUUUUGGGGUCUCAUUGUGGGUGUCUUCUUCGGUACAGUUUCUCUAUCCGGCUUAGCUGCCAGUCACAAGGGCUCGAAGUCUCCUCACUGCCUGGCGCUUUGGAUACUUUCCUUCUUGGUCUUAAUCUUUGCUUGGCAUUGCCAACGCACCUUCAUGCCAUUCUGCGCUGCGUUGCCGUAUCGUGCUGCUGUGUUGGCAGAUGAAACAUCCUCUGCCGCGGUGACAGAGCAGUUUUCCAGUGAUUACUAUCAUGAUCCAAUUCUUUCCGACACGCGGCCAGAUCUAGGGGGGACUUUGUUCGAUCUGCAUCUGAAGUUCAAAGCUAGAAUUAAGGUAGUGAAGGUUUGUAGGCGUUCUCGGCCGCAUUGA